AUGACAGCAGAAUUUGAAUUGAAGAAACUCAUCAGACCAAAUAUUCUAGGUCUUGAGCCAUAUCGGUGUGCAAGAGACGAUUUCAAAACUGGUAUUUUAUUAGAUGCCAAUGAGAAUACUCAUGGACCCGCUUUAUCCAAAGUUUCUGAAUUUGAAGAAACUUUAGAGUUGAAUAGAUAUCCAGACCCCCACCAGAUAGACUUGAAGAAACAAUUAGUUGAUUUCCGUAAUGAAAAGCCAAAUGAGUAUUUGAAAAAUAUCAGUCAGGAUAAGCUAAGAACCGAUAAUUUAUGUUUAGGAGUUGGAUCCGAUGAGAGCAUCGAUAUGCUUAUUCGUUGUGUUUGCACUCCAGCCAGGGAUAAGAUGUUGGUUUGUCCUCCUACCUACGGUAUGUACUCCAUCUGUGCUACUGUAAACGAUGUUGAAUUGGUUAAGGUUCCAUUAACAUAUCCAGAAUUCGAUCUUGAUUACGAACAAGUUUUGAACACUAUAACUAAAGACGCCUCAAUAAAAUUGAUAUAUUUGACUUCUCCAGGUAAUCCAACAGCUAAAUUGAUUAAUGUUUCUGGAAUCAUUAAAUUAUUGGAAGCUGCCUACAAAAAUUGGAACGGUUUAAUCAUAGUUGAUGAAGCAUAUAUUGACUUUACCGAUGAUUCGUCAGAAAAAACUAGUCAAUCAAUGUCUACAUUAGUAAACCAAUAUCCAAACUUAGUUGUUCUCCAAACAUUAUCUAAAUCUUUCGGGUUGGCUGGUAUUAGAUUAGGUAUCACUUACAGUAGUUCUGACCUUUCCUAUUAUUUGAACUCAAUGAAGUACCCUUAUAACAUUUCGUCCUUAACCUCAAGUGUUGCAUUAAGAGCUACUAAUCCAAAUACCGGAUUGAGUACAAUGAAAAAUUACGUUAAGGAAAUUAUUCAACAACGGAAAGUUCUAUUGGAAAAUUUACAAGAACUUGACCGGGUUGGCAGAAACAUCGGUGGGUUAGACGCUAAUUUUAUUGCUGUUGAAAUCCUAGACAAGGAUGGUAAUCCUUCAAACGAAGUUGCAAAUAAAUUAUACAACAAUUUAGCAGUUCACAACAGCGUGGUUGUCAGAUUUAGAGGUAAGGAACUCAAUUUCACUGGGGCUUUAAGAGUGUCGGUUGGUACUGCUGAAGAAAAUAAAACAUUAAUUGAAAAAUUCAAAAAAUGUUUAUCUGAACUCUAGAAAUAUAUAUAAUUUACUAUUAUACUUAUUCUCUACACCCGUACCUUUUUCCCAUACUAGAUCAAUAAAAGUUACCCGC